AUGGCUCAUCUUGCGUAUCGUGAAAAUUUAUUAGAAUUUUCUAUUAAACUUUUUAAAAUGGCCCGAUUUGAAAAACAAAUUUUUUUUUUUUUUAUUUACAUUCUAAAAAUAGAAAUUUAUUAA